UCCCCCCAAAAACAUCCCCUUCCGGUUUCUCUCAUGGCUUCCAAUUUCCGCAUCAACCUGCUCCGAGCUCUGUGCUCCACCGUCUACCAUGGCAUCGGUAAUUCUCAUUACCUAAAUGCAAAUCGAGCUCCGCAAGCUCUGUACCAUUUCAGGCACUUCUCUGAUGCACCGUCUCCGACGAUCGCUACCGCCGGCUCUUCUUCUGCACCGCCUCAGAAUGCAGCGGUGCAAAGUACGGCUCGACCUAAGGAAAUAGUCAGAAACGCUUCUGCUGCCUCGUCUGUGAAUCAGCUCGAGCUUGCUAAAUUCUCCGCCAUUGCCGACACCUGGUGGGACUCAGAAGGGCCAUUUAAGCCAUUACAUGUGAUGAAUCCUACAAGACUCUCCUUCAUCAGAUCCACUCUUUGCCGGCAUUUUAGGAGAGACCCUUAUUCAGUUAGACCUUUUGAAGGACUGAAUAUUGCUGACGUUGGUUGUGGCGGUGGAAUUCUCUCUGAGCCUUUAGCUAGAAUGGGUGCGAAUGUGACGGGAAUUGAUGCCGUGGAGAAAAAUAUCAAGAUUGCACGUCUGCAUGCUGACCUGGACCCUGUGACAUCAACAAUUGAAUAUUGUUGUACCACAGCUGAAAAGCUGGUGGAGCAGGAAAAGAAGUUCGAUGCUGUCAUAGCUUUAGAGGUAAUUGAGCAUGUGGCGGAUCCUGCUGGAUUUUGCCAGUCCUUAGCAGCAUUGACGGUGCCAAAUGGAGCUACAAUUAUUUCUACGAUCAACCGUUCUAUGAGGGCAUUUGCAACUGCCAUUGUUGCAGCAGAAUACAUUCUCCAUUGGCUCCCUAAAGGUACGCAUCAGUGGUCAAGCUUCCUUACCCCUGAAGAAUUGGUUCUGAUUCUACAACGCUCCUCUAUUUCAGUGGAAGAGAUGGCGGGAUUUGUGUACAAUCCCUUAACCGGCCAAUGGUCCGUUUCAGAUGACACCAGUGUAAAUUACAUCGCCUUCGGUACCAAGAGUAGCCAGCAAACAGAGUAACAGAGGUGUAAUCUUAAUUCUCACUAAUUUUGCCCCGAAAACUGAAUAGUUACACUCUCAACACCCCCUAAAACUUGUUUUUCUUUGUGGGAUAUAAGGCUUUCCAAUCUCAUAUACUUGGAGCAAAUUUGCUUUGAGCUUUAUGAUCUUGGCCGACUCCACUUUCAUCUUACUUUCUUCAAUAAUUCUUUAUUUUGCCCUCGAAAGGUAAGAAAACAUGGUUCUGAAUUUCAUAUCACUCUUAAUUAUUACCAUGAAUUAUUUGGUUUGGCA